AUGGGCGAGACCGACCUCGAGGAGCUCGAUGAAGCAGUACUCGAAGAGUAUUACGGCAUACUCCAGGUGUUCGAGGAGGUGCGCGUCUUCACGCAGACCGACCGAAAGCGCCACGCCCUGCAGCUUGCCACCGCCGGUAUGACGGCCGACGUGCUGCAGGCCAACGACCUAAAGGUGGCGGGCCUGGAGCAGUUCGGCCUGGACCCUCGGCCCAGCCUGGUCCUGCACAGCGCCCUCACCAAGCUGCGACUUCGCUGGGCGGCCCCUGAGGCCGGCGUCGUGAGCUGCCUCGAGGGCCAGACGGUCGAGUUCCAGAUCAGCCUGGCCGGCGGGUCGGGCGCGUUGCAGUACAGGUGGUACAAGCACGCAGUGAGCCCGUCGGGCAAGCUCGAGAAGCGGCUGCUGGACUGCGACACGGACAGGCUGCGGCUGACGGCGGUGGACAUCAACGACAGCGGCCACUACUCGUUCUGCGUGACCGACGCCGGUGGUGCACAGGUGCAAGCUGAGAGGCCUCUGUGGGAGCUGCGCGUGCGGCUGGUGCGCGACUUGGCCGAGCUCGACGCGCGCGAGAGGUGGUACCAGUGGCUGGACGAGAUGGUUCCGCGGCCCCGCUUCCAUCUCGCCGAGAAGACCAACAGAGUCAUUCUCGACGAGAUCGGUCUCGAGGUGCUCUUGCCUAUGUUCCAUUCGCAAGGGCGGGGCUACAUCAUGUUCAAGGUGACGGCCGACGGACCAGAGAAGAACUCGUCAACGGUGAUUCCGUGCCGCAACAGGGACUUCCUGCAGGACAUCGUCGAGCUGCGCACCCUGGUGGCCCGGCCCACUGAGAUCGAGCAUCUGCUGGAACAGGGCCGCGCCAGCACCCCACUGCUGCGAAGCUACCUCAUCUCCGUGCUCGGCGUCCAGCCGCCCGAAGACGCCGACGGCGACGCCCUGGUCGAGCUCAUCAUCGAGCACCUCGGGAAGUGUGAGGCGGAGAAGCCCCCCCUGCCCCCGGUCGACCUGAUCGAAGGGAAGAAGGAGCUCUCCGGCGCCCACCUCGGCGCCCGGUUCCUGGUGGGCCAGAACGGCAUCUACGCCCGUGGCUACGGCCAGCUGCCGGCCCCGCCCAAGGCCGACCUGAGCGUCAUACGCAGGCCCGCGCCGGUGCCUCCCGGCCCGGAGGGCCUUGUGCAGAGCCUCCACCCGCGCGUCCAACGCCCCGCGGCCUUGGUCACGGCCACCGGUGACAAGCCACUUCCGAAGCUGGUACUGGGCGACGUGCAGCCGGUGGCCAGCGUGCACAAGAUGGCCGCGCAGAGCGUGGGCACUUCAAUGGGCAUCAGCCUGGGCAUCGAGCUGCUACGGAGCGGGUACCUCUACCAGCGCGGACAGAUCUCGGGCAAGGCGGCGGCGCAGCAAAUCGCCUUGACGACGGCCACCGGCGGCCUCAUCGCCGGCGGCUACACCUACGCCAGCAUGGCCCUGCAGCAGCUCGCCGUGAGCCAGGCGGGCAACCUGGCAGGCCAGGCCGCCAGGGCUAUCCUGCGCAGCCCCAACUUCGCCGUCGGGGCCGUGCUGGUCACCAUCUCGACCUGCGUCGACCUCUACCGCUGGAAGCAGGGCCAGCUCUCGGGGCGACAGCUGCGCGAGAACUGGUCGCGAACGUGGCCACGACGGCCGCCCCUGGCCACGUCGUGGACUGGCAUCGGCCUCCUGGUGCUCCUGGGCCUUGGCGUGGGCCUGACCGUGGACAAGCUCGUCCGCAGCGGGGUCCGCUUUCUCGAGAAGCGCGCCCUGCUGCAGCGUAUGCGGGCCGACGCGUUCGAGCUGCUCGGCCUGGACCCCAGCGACGUCCUGGAUGCGGCGAAGAAAGAGGCAGUCAACAGGCGCUACCGCGCGAUCAGCCCGUUCCUCCACCCGGACAAAGCCAACAUGCGGAACGGCACCCUGUUCAGCCUCAUGGUGGAAGCUCGCGACUUCUUGUUGAAUCCUGACACCAACUUCAACCUCCUUGUCAACUUCCAAGUUCGUGCUGACUGA